UGCGAAUUAACGGAGGCCUGGUGCGCAACAUCCGUGAGACGGCGGACAAUCGACGUUAACUCUCUUGCCACUUCCCCCUCUAUUUCCUGAAGGCUACAAAACUUCCAGUUUUCUGUCAUUUUCGUGGCACUGAAUGGUGCGCACACGUCUUCCCUUUUUGUUGAAUUUUUCCGCAUUGGCGUUGCUGGCUGGCCGACAGGAGCGGUUGGCUUUCUGAUCUGUGGUAUUCUCAAGCUGUGGUGUUGCAGUGUAUUUGUUGGCACGUACUCCUGCUGGCCUGAACCCGCUUUCCGGUUCUCCACAGUGGAUCACUCCCUGGUGCGCAGGCUUAGUGCGAGGCUGAAUCCGGAGACAUUUUCUCUUGUUUGGUGACGCAGCUUCCGAUGCCUGCGGCUGACUAGGGGGCGCGUGGGUACACUGCCGAGGAGAGCGGCUGAGUACGUAUCUCGACUCGAAUUUGGAGCGGAACGUGGUCUAGAAGCAGAAAUCAACAAGGACGCGGGCCAUCUUAUCUGCAGUCCUUUCUGACAAAACAUCCGCGUGUCUUCGGUACAAAGGCACUCGUGGAUCACUCCCGAAAGAGCAGUUGCCUGUGGCUGUCCCUACGCGCCGGUUCCGUCGGGUGUCAGGAAUCUGCUGAGCUCACCAAGCUUGUGACAAAAAAUAUUUAUUGCUCCUGGCGCGGCCCUCCUGCAUUGCUUCAGGAUACUGCAGCGGUGUGUUGCACGUCAGUGUCACUCCCACCUGGCGGCCAAUUUGGAAACCGCCCCGUUUUGUGUUAGACACGAAUCUGCGUGUGUUGUUCAACACCCAAGGCAUGGAUUCGGGUUCUCAGAGUGCUGAGGGAGGCGCUGGUGCCUCCAGGACGGGAACCCCUGCUCAGGGGAGCGCUGAUGCAGCAGGAUUCUCCUCGGCAUCCCAUGUUGUUUCUGGAGUGUCGGUAGCUGAGGGAGGGACGAGGGGGUCUCCGUCCUUGCAACAUUUCUCCACCACUGUGACCUCGUCGAGUCCCCGACAAGAUUCUUGUGGCCUUGCAAGGGCAGCAACAUUGGCUGCAGUCCCCUCUCAAGCGUGCAGGGACACUGCGAUUUCGGCUGCUGGUAAUAACAGCUGCCACGGCAUCAAAUACCAGACGCCGGGUUCAAGCUUCCCACUCUCCGCAACUCGACCAGUGGAGACUUCCCCUGUGACAUUAGAGCCGGCAGGCUCAGGAGUGGCUUGUUCUGCAUCGCCAGUGAGCCCUCGAGCCGCAACCGCGUGUCCGGAUAAGCUGGCAGCCAAACAAGCGUUAUUUUCGGCGACAAAGGUGUGGCAGCCCUCUGGCCUUCCGAGUGUGCAGGCUCUUCCAGUGCAUUUCAUUUCAGGGAAGCCACGUGAUAAUGCAAAAGGGCAACCCACGUAUACUUCUGACAAGGAAACUUUUUACUUCUCCCCCAAGGUUGUGGGGUACCGUAAAGCGGACCUCAUGGGUGAAAAGAAAUGUACUGUUCAGGGAUUACCUUCCAGUUUGCCAGCAGGCGAAACCGGCCACGGGAAAAGAUAUUUGGAGGAGUUGAACCUGGCUGAUACUGCAAGAGCUCAAGCCAAUAGCAAGAUGCCUUCUGUACCACUUUCGCUACUGGAGCGAUUGCCACUGAGUCAGGUGCCCGGAAGUCCUCGUUCUCGGAGAGAAGAGAGUCGGUGUGGUUCGUUCUUUCCGCUUAUUCGUAUCCGCGGCCGCCGUGGCGGACCAUGCGAGGUAAACUCCGUUGAUCUGAAGCGCUUUUUGAAGCGUGUUCAACUGGCAGCAUUCACUUACUGCGAAGACAUGAAGCGUCUCGUGCAGGCCCCCUUCGACCUGGUUCCUCCGGCAUUCGGAAGUGUCGUUCCAUCUGGGCAGGCUGCGUUCUACCGGAAGAUUUCAGCUCCGCAUUGCCCUAACUGUGGAUAUAACACCCUUGUCUGGGCUGGUGCGCCCUGUCCAGAAGAUGGCGGUGUGCCUGUUUCUUCACCCGAAGUCUGGGGUGCGAAUGCCAAAGAAAGUGGCCUAGAGGGGCUGGCUCGCUGGCACUGCUCAUUUUGCGGUGACAUCGCUGCAGCCGUUGAUGACGAACUGCUCGGGUGUACAAGUAUCGGUGGAUGCACGGAGGCAGGUGAUCGCGUUGACCAGUAUGUCGCAGAAGGUAUCCAUGGGUUGGCUGAGUACGUGAGGAGGUCUUGCGCCGGUUGGAUGCGUGGAUCCCAGAGAGUGAUAGAAGGAUAUCCCCUUUAUGAGCCUGACCCAGCCCUUUGCAGAAAAGAACGACCCACAAGCUUGACAGGAAAUAUGUGUGUCGAUCAGCUUAAUGCGUUUCUCGAUGCCUGCUUGGUCGAGCCGCACAAGAUGGAAGCAGCGCCGCCCCCACCCCGGAUCCCCGACACACAACAGACAGGGAACUGGCUAGUUGACAAAGCAAAUGCUAUGCUGGAUCGGCUGUGUGAGCAGAAGACUCCUCCCUCACCUCCACCCGCUCCAAAAUCAUUUUGCCCUCCAGUCGAGUUGCUUAUUCCUCCGUGCUGUCGGGCGUCCGAGCUGCCGCCAAUUCCGCCUCCGGCUAAGGAAAGUUGUCCUCUGUUGGACAUCUGCCGUCCGAGCCCAAAGGAAUGUCCCCAAUGUCAUCAACAGAUUGGCAAAGAACGUCGCGGAGGAAAAUGUCCAGCGGAGCCUCAGAGCGGAGGCGUGGUGGAGUGUUGUUUGCAGCAGGAUUGCUUCGUUAGCGAUAGGGAGGAAGUUCACACGGGCGUAUACUCCACCUCUCUGCCCCCGCACCAAUUCGUUAAUCUGACGAAUUAUGCGGAGCCGGCGAACGUCAGCAUAAUGGAGGGCUGCGUCUCGAAGGUGGCACCCGUUUCCCCGACUUUCUACCGACGCGUGGAACAACCCGAAGCGGUGGCGUGUAAUCCAAAGCGAGCGGCCUGGAUAGACCAUGGUGCCCCACGGCAGGUGGAACUGCGAUACUAGAUUCGAGAUUCCCCGUGAUCGUUUGAACUGUAUCAUGCCAUCGAUGAGCGCAGUGUGACUGGCGGGUCUCGCGUCGUCUUGGGGCUGCGGAUUUAGUCCCGAAUUCGAGCACAUCGUAAUUUGCUGUUCAGCACCACCUGUCCGAGUUGCUGCACGGCAUGAUUUAAAGCUGCGCGCGUGUGCUCUGCGUCCGAGUUUUUUUCGUGUGUUACGCUUGUCCAAAGGGUUUGCUGAACCCUCCAGAGGUUCCUUCUUUAAAAACAAUCAAACAUCGACCGUGAGACGAGGCUGCACACUCAUCGUGGGGUUGUCCGGCCCUCUCUGCAGGUCGAACUGAGGCACGGCGUACACGUCCUCAGCUCGGUUCUGUUCAGUUUUCUGUGUGAAACCGAAGCCAGUCCGGUAAUUUGGGGAGUCUUCGACGACGUGUUAAUUUCAGCCUCGAAACGCAUUUGAGAAAGGCACGGGUUGUUGCGUUCGUGUCUGUGAUUCAGUGGAAGGGAUUGCGAUAUGGGAGCACCAGUGAAUGAUUCCGAUUUGUGAAAGCUCUUGGUACUGGGUAAAGCAUUAGCUUAGUCAGGUGAUAGCAAGCUGCUGAUGACGCGUUGCGGGCCCUGACAAACAACUGGUUCAUAUUUCGUUUUGUGUUCAUCUUGACGUUUCCUUUAAUUUAACUCUCGCUUUUGUUGAUGUGUUGUCUUAUAAUUUCAUCCGAUGUGUAGAAAACAUCAGAUGUAAGUACAGUAUUGACUGCGAAUAGUAUCAACUGCGAAUCAAUGCAGACUCUCUCUCCGAGCCCUCAGCCCUAUCAGGAGGUACAGACACCGGCCUUGGGCCAGAGACAAGUCGGGUGGAAGUCACCGCCAAACCUUGCGCGGUUGCGGUUCCUUUUUCUCAAUCCUAGGGACGACUGUGCAUCCACUUGGUAGAAAGUCA